AUUCGAGCAACAAGCGUAUCUCAGGUUUCAGUGUGAAGUCGACUGACUAGGAUGGGAGCUUGUCAGCUACAGGAAACACGUGGAAGUAAAGGUGGUGGAUAAUCGUCUAAGAGGACCAAUUAGAGGAUAAGUAAAGAUACUGGCAAGUAGCGAGGAUUUUUGAGCUCGAGAUGGCCCUGCUGUAUAGAUUUACGAGAAUCAACGACAGAUGCAACACGGGGAUCUUCACGUUUAUCGUGACCCGCUCGGUGACGCGUGAUCAGCAUCGUGACGUGACCACGAAAGACUUCACGUAUAACUAUCACAAGUGGGCGGUGACUUUUACCAGAACGGAUAAACUGAUGGGGGUGUUCCUGAUCCUGAGAACACUCUCGCCGGGCAGCAAAUGCCUAGUGGACUUCACUUUUACGCUGUUGAAUCGGGAGCACUUCAGCAAGAAUGAGAACUUCAGCGAGAAGCAAAAGAAGUUCACAGUCGAUCAGGCCGUUCAUGGUAACAACAAAUGGGUGAUGAUGAGUGACCUGGUUGCACGAAGAUUCACCGACGAGAAUGGCGAAUUUCUCAUAGAGUUGACUCUCGGUAACGUCAUUUCGACCUUCGAGACAGACAUCAGGGUCUCGCAUUUGCCCUUCAGCUCGCGCUCCAACAAUCUCGAGAGCUCGUACUUCACGUUUGGUGGUUACGAAUGGAACGUCACCAUUCAGACCAAGAAGGACGAUCCCGAAUUCGGAAACAGGCCACGGGUUUUGCUGAACAGACUAACGGGUUUCGACCACCCCUGCCGCGUGCAAUACCAGAUGGUGUUGGGGGAGGGCGAGAGAAGAAUGGACUCGGGUUUGGUGGAUCAGAUUUCCGAUGUCAACGGGCAAAUCAGGGGUUUCGGGUUGAGGUGCCAGCUGAACGAUUUGAUCAGGCGUGGCCAUUUAAGGUUGCACGUCAUCAUGAUAUGCGCCAACACGGUCAGCGAGGCCAUGGUACCCACCAAAUCGGCCGAGCCGGCCACUACGGCCAAUUGCUACGACAGGGAAAAGCAGGGAUGGUGCGUGGAUUUGGACAUGGAGGGAGAAUUUCUCAAGUUGAAGCUGUUCUGUUCGGACUUGCAUCUGGUGCCGCGUAGCCACCUGCGUUACGUUUCUUGGAACGCUUACGUCAUGCGUCGCCACGCCAACAGUGCCACGAUGGACAGCAUACUUGUCAUCUGCGCCCCACACUGGAGUUACUACGUGCAAGACGGAAUGGAUAUGGGCAUCAUAAUGGAAACGGAUAUCCCCAUCAAAGACAAUAGCUGACAUUGUCGACAAUUUAGAGAAGUGAUAGUGUUGUUAACAAUGACGAGGCCGUAAUACGAGGGUGAAGAUUGAAUGAAGACCACCGAUAAUGUAAAAUUACAACG